UGUUAGAGAGUUCACACAGCCCGCUACGCUCUUCUCUAAUCCAAUACGCACACGCUGAUCACGAGUACAAACAAAUGCAAGCUCUCCACAAAACGAAGCGGUUUUCGAUUUCCGAACUUUCUGCGGGCAUUCUCGGGCGUAUGUAAAAAGUUUUUCUACGAAUUAAUGCACCUCGUUGGUGUCGGACAUCCAUGUUUUCAAUGACUCGAUAAUGAAGAUUAUCGUUUGAAAAGGGGAUCGGAAAUGGAUAGAGUCCCCCCAAGCGCGCCCACUAGGGCAGCGCAAAAUAAAAAGACAAACAAACAGAAAUUAGACGACCAAAUAAAAUCGAAGUCCUGCAACUUCGGGAUAAAUCUGGUGAUGUGUGUUUUGUGUAUAGUGAGUGUUUCUUCGUCGGUGUGGCGAGAGUUUGACUUGAAAGCGCGACUGACUGUGCUCGAGGAUAGGGUGGCCUUCUUGGAGGUGAGGUCGGACAAAGGGGUGGACGGCUUCGUCGAGAGGUUCAGGAGGGAGGCGGUGUUCCACCUCAAGAGGAGGGUGAUGAGGGAUGUCAGUCCGGUCAGGAGUCAAGAGGGGCGCAUGUCGAGGGAUGCACCUGAAUGUGUUUGUCCUGCAGGUCCCCCCGGCCCACCUGGCCCGCCAGGAGCUCCCGGAAAACGAGGACGGAAAGGAAAAAAAGGAGAAGGCGGUGAGAAAGGGCCUCAGGGGUCCCCAGGCACACCGGGCAAGAACGGCUUUCCGGGUGACAAGGGUCGCAAAGGAGAUAUGGGCUUCAGGGGUCCGACAGGGGUGCGUGGAUUUCCGGGAUUUCCGGGUCCCAUUGGAUUAGAUGGUCCCAAAGGAGAACCAGGACGGCCUGGAGAGAAAGGUCAGAAAGGACAAACUGGUAGUGCGGGUAUUGACGUCCUUCAAGCUGUCAAGCUACCAGGAAGGGGCUUGAAAAGGUCGGUAACAACGUUACGUGGAGGAACCUUGGGGUAUGCCGAAAUUGUAGCUGUCAAGGGGCUACAAGAAAGGGGCCAUAACAUUUCCGGGGAAACAAUUAUCACAUUGAAAGGCGAACCUGGAGAGCCAGGACCUCCAGGUCCACCAGGACCGCCAGGACCUGAGGGCAUGCCUGGCCAUGACGGAAGACAAGGCAUGCCUGGGGAACCUGGUCCAGCUGGAGACCGAGGGGAACCAGGCCCUAUGGGACCCAUAGGACCUCCAGGAAUUGAUGGUCUGACUGGCCCAAAGGGUGAAAGAGGUCCAAUGGGAAUCAAAGGUGUUUCAGGAUAUCCGGGAUUGCCAGGACAUAUGGGUUUGCCUGGGCUUCCGGGUAGAAACGGCACUACAGGAAAAGUUGGUCCUCGAGGUGAUAAAGGCGACAAGGGAGAAAGAGGCUUAACAACAACUUUGACUGGCGAUCAGUUCCCAACCGGUAUCAUCGAAGGACCUCCUGGACCACCUGGUCCACCGGGUGAAAAAGGUGAGAUAGGACCAAUUGGACCACCUGGUUCUCCUGGCGAUAAGGGUGCCAGAGGCAGAAGGGGCAAAAGGGGUCUAGAUGGAGAUGCAUUAUCCAUUGGUCCACCAGGAGAAAAAGGCGAUACAGGAGAACCCGGUCUCAAGGGUGAAAAGGGAGAUAAAGGUUACACUGGCUUUCCAGGACCAAAAGGAGAUAUGGGUAUAAUGGGUACGCCUGGCGGCCCUGGAAAAGAUGGAGCUACUGGUCCUCAAGGUCCUCCAGGACUUCCUGGCCAAUUUGGUGAAAAAGGGGAAAAAGGUGACUACGGCGACAUUGGACCCCCUGGGAUGAUGGGUCCUCCUGGCUUGCCAGGCCCACCAGGAUAUCCAGGACAAAAGGGAGAGAAGGGAGAAAAAGGCGAUUCGAAGUACAAAAAACUGAGACGACGACAGUUCCAGGGAGAUGGUACCGGUGAAUUUUCCCCAGGAGAUAUGGUGAUUGGUCCCCCUGGUCCUCCUGGACCACCUGGCCCAUCAGGCUUACCAGGUCCUCCAGGAAUCAAAGGAGAUAGAGGAAAAGACGGGAUCAAGGGAGAAGUGGGAGAAAAAGGAAACAAAGGCGAUCCAGGGCCAAUGGGAUUACCUGGUCCGAUGGGCUUGAGAGGGGAGAGCGGCAGACCUGGUGAUUACGGAAAAGCGGGUUCAGCGGGUCCACCGGGGCUGGAUGGAAUGAAAGGCGCCCAAGGCGAACCUGGAAGUAAAGGUGAAAGAGGGGAUCCAGGACUUCCGGGUACUGACGGAAUUCCUGGUCAAGAGGGUCCCAAAGGUGAUAAAGGCUACAAAGGGGAAUCGGGUCCUUUAGGGAAACGAGGAAGAAAGGGGGACAAAGGAGAUAAAGGUGAUCAAGGGGUUCCAGGGCUUGAUGCCCCUUGUCCUCUUGGAGCUGAUGGUCUUCCACUUCCUGGAUGCGGAUGGAGACCUCCGAAGGAACCACCUCGGCCAGCGCCUCCACCUCCAAUCCUCACACAUUUUGACGAUGAAGAUCCGAUGGAAGAAGGUGAAGACUAUGAGGAAGUAGAAGGGGAAGAAUACGACGACUACGCCGAAAUCAACCAGGCGCUUCCAGGUUCCGACAUGUAACAAGUACUAACUCUGUUUUUGUGUUCGUUUCCUCUGCAGAACUUGGGAGAUAACUGAUUUUCCACCAGAACUUUAACAGUACUUAUAGUGCAAAGUGAACUUGUACAUAGUGUUCCGUGAUUACUGCCCUUUGGAAGACAUUAGUGAAUGUUCGUUCACGUUUAUUAUAAAAAAUACAUCCUUCAUUAUUGAAUUUUUUACUACGUCCUCGUUACGUUAGCAUUUAGUUAUUGUAUUUACACGAAUUAAUCAACUGUAAAUAGAUACCUAAUAAAUUAUAUUGUUACUUGAAUGCUGAUGGGUCUGUUGAUCUUGUCAUGGAUAUUUGUCACUGAAUCAUCAACAAAAUGUAUCGUUAAUUCACCUUUUAAAUUAUUUCCCAAUAAAAUAAAUGAUUAUGUA